AAGCACUUCCUAACUGUUUUCUUUAACCCAAAAUCACUAUCUAGAAAGCGCUUUCACUUCCCAAACCACCCUAAUGAGUGAUGACUGAGAGAGAGCCAUGGCGGCCCCCGUCUCUCACCUCCCCGCCUUCCUCUCCCUCUUCUCUCACAAGCUCUUCUUCGCCCACCCGCACCAGCAAUCCACUCUCGGAUUCACCGCCCUACAACGCUGUCCACCGCCGCCGCGCUGCACCCUUCGCGCUUCUUCCGUCAGGAAGAAAACUAGGAAGGUAAAGAGCAAUGCGGAGCUCUGCAAUGAUCUCCGGCAGUUCCUCACUGCGGUCGGACUUUCGGAAUGUCACGUUCCAUCCUUGAAGGAGCUCUCGCAGCACGGAAGGAAUGAUCUUGCAAACAUCGUCAGACGAAGAGGAUAUAAACUUAUAAGAGAGCUUCUUGUGGACUCGAGCAAUACAGAUACCAAUGGUAAUGCCGAUACCGGAUUUGCUGGAAUUCAGGAUGCAAUCAAUGAUCGUAAAGAGAUAGUAACAGGUCAGGAUCAAGAGGUGAAUGAUGUGAUUGAGGAUUUUUCUUCGUCAACUGAAGUUUCAGACUUGGAAAGUAAUUCUGGUAGUUUGAUUUCUCCUCCCGAUCUGAGCCUCAAUGACAGUGAUAUUACCGUGGAGUCUUCAGCUGAUUUGUAUAAUUUAGACGGUCAUAGUGAGCAGGUGGAUGUGAAUGGAAAUGGUUCUGUGUCAACCGAAUUUUCUGUUACGGAAAACCAAUCCAGGAGUUCUAAAAUUUGUCCACACUUCAACUCUGACAUUGGUACUAAUAUGCCUUCAGAAAUUUUCACCCCUUCAUCCUUCGGCGAACUUGAUGACCUAUCCUUGUCAACCACUUAUCAUAUCAAAGAAACCAAUUCUUCCAGUUCAAAUGUUGGUUUGGAUCUGAACUCCGAUGGACGUCCUUGCAUGCCUGUAGAAUCUGUUGAUGGUUUGUCAUUGGAUGAAAAGGUCUUAGAUAUAUGUCAGGAUGGGAAGGUUGACAAUAUGGCUAAUGAAGAUUGCUCUUCAACCACAGUUUCCGUUUUGGAAGACCAUUCUAGUUCAGAUCUUGAUCCAAGUCACAACUCUGAUCAUCAUAGUUAUCCGCCUUUAGAAUCUCCACCCAAUUUAUCCUUGAAGGAAAAAGUGGAAAACUUUAUGCAGAAUGGAGACUUGGAUGCAGUUGAAGAUAAUGUCUAUGGCAUAUUAACUGAGAAUAAUGAUGAAGAAAUCAAGGAAGAAUAUAGAUUUGGAAACACUGAGGAGGUUCAAAUAAGAAUUCCUAAAAAUGUGCCUGACAGAAGUGAUGCAAUUAUGGCAUUGAAUCAAAGGACAUCAACAUCAACUACGGCAGUUGAUCCCUCUCUUAGCAGGGAGGAUAGUUCAUCAACUGAAGGGCUGAGUUCUCUAUAUGACAAGGAUUUGGAUGAUAAGACAAGUGAAAGUGAGGAUCGACUUGAACUUAAUCAUCUCAAGUUCAUGCUGCAUCAGAAGGAGAUGGAAUUGUCACGGUUGAAAGAACAGAUUGAGAAGGAAGAGCUUUUUUUGUCAAACUUGCAAACCAAGUCUGAAAUGGCAAUGAGCAAAGCACAAAAGCUUGUCUCUGAAAAAGAUGCAGAGUUACUUGCUGAUGAAGAAAGCCUUUCAGGAUUAGUGGAGGUUGAGAUUCAGUACCAGGGAGAUGGCGAGAUUGUGGAGGUGACUGGUAGCUUCAAUGGUUGGUAUCAUCAGAUUGAAAUGGAUUCACAGCCAUCAUCUAGUAUCAUAGAGAGGGAACCUAGACUAUGGUCAACAAUGCUGUGGCUUUAUCCAGGGACGUAUGAGAUAAAAUUCAUUGUUGAUGGCCAAUGGAUGAUUGAUCCUCAAAGAGAGUCAGUAACCAGGGGUACCAUAUGUAACAACAUUCUCCAUGUCAACAGAUGAAUUGGCUCUGGCAGGGAAGUCCACCAUCUGCCUUUCACCGCGACAAGGAGCCAGAUUAUCUACUACAAUUGAAGUUGAAGCAGUCUAAGCCUAUGCCAUCUGAACAAGAAAGUGAAUUGAAGACCACGCACGCAGAAGGAGAUACGAGGCGGGCAGAGUCGAGGAGCGAAAUGGUCUUAUGCUUCGCAAUGUAUAUAUAUCCGCCAGUCGCCAUGGCUUUUAAGUUCGUAAUGAUUUUCGUUUUCCUGGUAGGUUUGUCUUAAUAAUAAUUCUCUUCAAGGAAGGGAUUCUCUGUUCUUAAGAAUAUAGUCAGCAUUUACGGUAGCAAUGCACUUGUUAGAAAAAUAUAUUAGUAUUGGAGUAUCAAGAUAUUAAUAACGAAAUAAUGCUGCACUAGUUAGAUGCAGAGUUUCAAGAUUUUGCACCGGGAAAUGCAAAAAUUCUACAAUUUUAUACUC